CCUUCUAAUUAUGUUUCUGUAUUUCAGACAUCUGUAGAGUGAAUGGCGGCUCCCCCUAAUGUCUCCAGGAUCUUUAUCCUGAGUGGGAUUCCAGAGCUGGAAGAUCAUCAGAACUUUCUCGCCUUUCCUCUCUGUCUCCUCUAUGUUGUGGCAUUAUUGGGUAAUUGCACCAUCCUGGUCAUUAUUAAGACGGAGGAGAGCUUCCACCAGCCCAUGUACAUAUUAUUGGCCAUGCUGGCAAUGACGGACAUUGGGGUGUCCCUCACAACCCUGCCCACCGUCCUUGGUAUCUUCUGGUUUGACUAUUACCAGAUCGAUCUGGACUCUUGCCUCACUCAGAUGUACUUCCUCCAUACGUUUGCCGCCAUGGAGUCUGGAGUCCUGGUGGUCAUGGCGGUAGACAGACUCAUCGCCAUAUGGGACCCUCUAAGGUAUUCCUCCAUCUUAACCAAUCCACUCAUAGGCAAGAUUGGACUUGGAAUUGUUUUGCGGGGUCUCUGUGUGGUCUUCCCGAUUCCGUUCCUCACCAGACGGUUUCCAUUCAAUAAGAGUCACCUCUUGUCCCAUUCAUAUUGUCUCCACCAAGACGUCAUCAGGGUGGCGGGAGCAGAUACUAUAGUCAACAGCAUCUACGGUCUAGUGGCGGUGCUCAUGACCAAGGGGGUGGACUCCAUGUUUAUCGUCAUCUCCUAUAUACUGAUUCUUAAAGCCGUUCUGGACAUUAAAGCCAACUCAGCUCGCCUCAAGGCCUUCAGCACUUGUGUUUGCCAUAUUUGUGCCGUCCUCUUGUUCUAUAUCCCACUCAUUGGACUGUCAGUGGUCCAUAGGUUUGGGAAGAACACCUCCCACCUGUUACCUAUUCUGAUGGCCGAUGUGUACCUUCUAGUUCCUCCAGUGAUCAACCCCGUCAUCUACAGCAUAAAGACCAAACCGAUCCGGCAGAAGAUUGUUAAGGUCUUCGAUCGCCGGAAAUUCAGGACUCUGGAUACCGAAAUUGCCGUACUGAAAGUCUAG